AUGGAGUUGCCACGUGCACAUGAAGUGAAGUCAAAACGGUAUUAUUAUGACAGUUCCGAUAGUGAAAGUGGUGAUGUAAUGGAUUCAGACGAUAGUAUUAAAGACAAAGAUUAUGUGGAAAGUGAAACUAGCAGUGAUUCCUCAGAGGUUUCGACAGAUGAGGGGGACCCCAACAAUAAUGAUGCAGGAACUGCAACAGAUGCCCCACUUACUUCAACAACAUCAAGAGGUAGCUUACCCAGUCCAGAAAAAUCAAAACCAUCCAGAUGGAAGAGGCCAAGGAGAGAAUGGAGAAAAAAAGAAAAAACAAAAUAG